CGGCUUUUCGAGGUAGUUGACUCAUCCCUACGUCAAAUUUCUGACAUAAAUAAAUUCGUGUUGGUUGGUUGUUCGUAAUGCACGAAAGUGAAGUACAGGCGGUGUCCGUUCCAAUUGAGGUUGCUCAAGAAUAUGUAUCAAAGCUACUUGGGUUUGCACCUCUUCAACUUUCAGAUGAUUUGUACAAUGUGAUCAUUACUCAUUUGGAACAAAUGAUAGAUGAAUUCAGUGAGAAGUUAUUGGAUAAAUUUGGAUUAAAAUUUACGUCAGAAAAACUUCAAUCGCUCACUUAUUAUUUAAAAGAAAGACUUGAAGACCGUCUUGUAGACAUGUUUGAUUCUUUCGAUAUAUUUUUAGUCGGCAAAGUACUGUAUCUGAAUUCUUCAGUAGUUCUCAAAGAUGAUGAACUCCAGUUAGUUUACUCUGAAAAACGUGACAAAGCUAUUGAAAAUCGUAUUGUCACUUACACGAAUAGAAUUACAGUGCUUAAAACAUGUCUAACAAAAAUUGAACAAGAAACAGCUAAGAUCAACUCAAUUGUAGACAAUAUAAAGAAUAUGAAGAAACACAUCAAUCAAACUCUGGAAAAUGUUUAUGGUGUCAAGUCAGUCGAUGAAUUAUGUCUUUCAAUAUAUGAACGGAACAAUUCAAUAAAUCGAUUAUAUACUGCUCUGACUAAUACAAAUGUAUCCAAUCCUAAUUUUCUAUCAAUUUGUUCACCUUUAAAGAAGAGAAGAAAACAUAACAGCAAAUGAUUUUUCUUUGAAAGAGAUAUGCAUUUACUGUACCACAUGAUAUAUAUACAUCUUUCGUACAGUACUAUGUAAUCUUACAAAUGUUAUAUAUAAAUCUCAUGUAUCUGUUUCUUGUAUAUUCAUCGUUAUUUAUUUUAAAAACUAAUAUAAUAUAUUCAAAGUUUCAGUUAGUA